AUGAGACACCGGAAGCAUGGCAGGUCGGCAUGUGCUUGCCUGCCUCCUUUCCGCGGGAGCGACUGUUACAUUGUGGACCAGGGCGCGCGAGACAAGGAGAGGCCGUUUCGUGGAGCACUGGUUUACGUGCUGGACCGGCGCUCCGAGACCCUGGAGGCCUGCCUCGCAAAUCUCCGAAGGCUCAAUGUGCUCGCUGGAUGGGAGUACCCUCUGAUCAUCUUCACCGCCGGUGUCCUUCCCGAGCAAGAGAAGGAGAAGAUCAUCCUGGCAAGUGAGAACCGGGUGUGGUUCCUGAAGUCGCAGGACGCACACAUUGCAGGCAGCGGGAUGCUGCAGUGGUUUCGCCACACCCACCUCUUCGAUCAUCCAGGAAUUGCAGGCCUGGACAUCUUGUGGGACCUUACCGACGGGGACAUAGCCUUCAAGGAGGCAGAUGAUACCACUCAGUCAUCGAACACACGAACAGGGAGUCGAGAAGGAAUCGCUGCUCAAGAUCUGGAAUCGGUGACUGGCCUCCGCACUUCGCAGGAUGCCUUCUUGGGCGACCUCACAGAGCUUUUCUUGCAGCUGAGCCAGGCCUCGCUGGCUGCUGAAGGUGUCCAUGGCGACAUGAGCGCCUGCGUUGUUUGGAAGAGGGCUUUCAUGAGCGAGCCCCUCUUUCGCCAGUACAUCCAGUUCUUGGAGGAUGCUGUCGGUGGAGCUGCAGAGGCCGCUCUGCGAUUCGAUGCCCUGUCGGUGCGGAAUUUCGGCACGGAGAUGCUGCAUCGACAGGUUCGUGGAAGUCAGCUGCUGCAACUCGGUUUGAGCUUGCAAGAGUUCCUUUUCUGA